AUGCUUCGUCAAAUAAAACCCCGUAAUGCGCGCUCCAAGCGUGCCCUCGAGAAGCGCGAGCCCAAGGUCCAAGAAAACCCCAAGAUGGCGCUCUUCCUCCGCGGCACAUCGUGCUCGCAAGUGACACAAGAUGCCCUCAAUGAGCUCUACCAGAUGCGCCAGCCGCUGGCCAAGCGCUUCGUCAAGAAGAACGACGUCCACCCCUUUGACAAAGCCGACUCACUCGAGUUCUUCUCGGAAAAGAACGAUGCCUCUAUCCUCGUCUUCGGUCACACCUCCAAGAAGCGCCCCAACGCCAUCACCUUCAUCCGCACCUUUGGCCACAAGAUUCUCGACAUGCUCGAGCUCUACCUAGACCCGGACUCCUUCCGCACUCUCGCACAGUUCAAGGGCAAGAAGGUGCCCAUCGGCCUCAGGCCUAUGCUCGUCUUCGCCGGCACCGCCUGGGACAGCCCCAUUGCCAAUGAGUACACUCACGCCCGCAGCUUCUUCACCGACUUCUUCCGCGGCGAGCAGAUGGACAAGAUCGACGUCGAGGGCCUGCAGUGGAUCGUUUCCAUCACCGCCGACGAGCCCACGGCUGCCGGCGAGGGUGACGUCGCCGGCGCCAAGCCCACCAUCCGCCUUCGUGCCUACACCAUCAGCACCAAGCGCAGCGGCUCAAAGGUGCCCCGCGUCGAGGUCAACGAGAUCGGCCCUCGGAUGGACUUCCGCGUCGGACGCAUGCGCGAGCCCGAUGAGGCCAUGCUCAAGGAGGCUAUGAAGAAGCCCCGCGGCACCGAGGAACGUACCAAGAAGAACAUUACGACGGACGGCAUGGGUGACAAGAUGGGCCGCGUGCACGUCGGCCGCCAGGACCUCAGCGAGCUGCAGACGCGCAAGAUGAAGGGCCUGAAGCGCAGCAGGGACGUCGCGAGCGAGGAUGAGGGUGAAAAAGGCGACGUUGAGGAGAAGCCCAAGAAGGGCCGCAAGGAAUAA